ACCCCAGGCCCCCAUGGGACGCCCCGUUACCCAGCAUGCACUGCUGCUGCUGCAGUGCAUGCUGGUCCUGCGGCCUGGAGGGGUGGCCAGCAGGAGAGGGCCGGUGCUGCUGCCCGAAUCCCCCUGCCACAGGGCGGAGCACCCGCUUGUCCCACACUCAGAGAUGGAGCCGUGGAUCUUCAGGUUCAAGGCAGAAGGCACGGUGGAUUAUUCACAGCUGACCUUUGACCCCGGCCAGAACGAACUGAUUGUCGGAGCCAGAAAUCAUCUCUUCAGGCUCAGUCUGGAGGACCUGACAUUGAUCCAGGAGGCAGAGUGGCACUGCGAUGAGUUCACCAAGGGAGCCUGCUUCAGCCGUGGAAAAUCCGAGGAGGAGUGCCAGAACUAUAUACGAGUGCUGCUGGUGAAUGGCAACAGGCUGUUUACCUGUGGAACCAAUGCCUUCACCCCCAUCUGCACAAACCGAACGCUGACCAAUCUGACUGAGAUCCACGACCAGAUCAGUGGGAUGGCUCGGUGUCCCUACAACCCCCUCCACAACUCCACCGCCCUCAUCACCUCCAGCGGGGAGCUUUACGCUGCCACGGCCAUGGACUUCUCCGGGAGGGACCCCGCCAUCUACCGCAGCCUGGGGGGGCUGCCACCGCUCCGCACCGCCCAGUACAACUCCAAGUGGCUUAACGAACCCAACUUCGUCUCCUCCUACGAUAUCGGCAACUUCACCUAUUUCUUCUUCCGGGAGAACGCUGUGGAGCACGACUGCGGCCGGACGGUGUUUUCACGUGCUGGCCGUGUUUGCAAGAACGACAUCGGCGGCCGCUUCCUGCUGGAAGACACGUGGACCACGUUCAUGAAGGCCAGGCUGAACUGCUCCAGGCCGGGAGAAAUCCCCUUCAACUACAACGAGCUGCAGGGCACCUUUUAUCUGCCCGAGCUGGAGCUGCUCUACGGCAUUUUCACUACCAACGUAAACAGCAUUGCUGCAUCCGCAGUGUGUGCCUUCAAUCUCAGUGCCAUCACGCAGGUUUUCAGCGGGCCCUUCAAGUACCAGGAGAACUCACGGUCGGCCUGGCUACCCUACCCCAACCCCAACCCCGACUUUCAGUGCGGCACCAUUGACUACGGUUCCUACGUGAACCUGACCGAGAGAAACCUGCAGGACGCCCAGAAGUUUCUGCUGAUGCAUGAGGUGGUCCAACCUGUGGUUCCCGUGCCCUACUUCAUGGAGGACAACGUCCGUUUCACCCAUGUGGCUGUAGACGUGGUGCAAGGCAAAGACAUGCUGUUCCACAUCAUCUACCUGGCCACUGACUACGGUACUAUCAGGAAAGUUCUCUCCCCUCUCAAUCAGUCCACGGGGAGCUGUCUAUUGGAGGAGAUUGAGUUAUUCCCGCCCAGAAAAAGGCAGCCAAUCCGGAGCCUGCUGAUCCUGCACAGCCGGAGCGAGCUUUAUGUGGGUGUUAGAGACCAGGUCAUCAAGAUCCCACUCAUGAGAUGCAGCUACCACAAGACCAGGGAAGCUUGUGUUGGGGCCAGGGACCCGUACUGUGGUUGGGAUCUGGUGUUGAAGAAAUGCACCACCCUGGAGGAAAGUGUCAGAAUGAGCCAGUGGGAGCAGAGCAUCACCAAGUGCCCUGUCCGUAAUGUGACGGUUGAUGGGGGUUUUGGGGCCUGGUCGGGCUGGGCGACUUGUAGCCAUAAUGAUGGAGGUAGUGCGGGGUCCUGUCUGUGUCGGACACGAGCCUGUGAUAACCCUGCCCCCCAGUGUGGAGGCCAGCAGUGCCACGGGAUCAGUGUGGAGGUCGCCAACUGCUCAAGAAACGGAGCGUGGACCCCCUGGACUUCCUGGUCUCCUUGCAGCACCAGCUGCGGCAUCGGAUUCCAGGUUCGGCAGCGCUCCUGCAGUAAUCCCACCCCACGCCACGGCGGACGAGUGUGUGUGGGCCAGAACCGCGAGGAGAGGUACUGUAACGAACACCUGCCCUGCCCACCGCAUGUCUAUUGGUCGGCGUGGUCGGCAUGGGAACGGUGCACCGUGCCCUGCGGAGGAGGCAUCCAGUCACGACGGAGAACCUGCGAGAACGGCAACGACUGCCCCGGGUGUGGUCAGGAGUACCAGUCGUGCAACACUCUGCCCUGCCCCGACUUGAAGAAGACCACCCCCUGGACGCCCUGGACGCCGGUCAACAUCUCGGACAACGGCGGGCAUUACGAGCAGCGUUUCCGCUACACGUGCAAGGCCCGCAUCCCGGACCCCAGCCUGCUGGAAGUGGGCAGACAGAGGAUCGAGAUGCGGUACUGCUCCAGUGAUGGAUCCACUGGCUGCUCCACUGACGGUGAGGUGCUUCGUCUGGGCAGGAUCUCGGGCCACACGGUGAACGGCGGCUGGUCGUCCUGGAGCUCCUGGUCCCAGUGCAGCAGAGACUGCAGCCGGGGCAUCCGCAGCCGCAAGAGGACCUGCACCAACCCGGAGCCCCGGUACGGGGGUCAGGCCUGCCUGGGACCUGCACAGGAAUACCAGGAGUGUAACAUCACCCCCUGUCCAGUGGACGGCAGCUGGUCUUGCUGGUCCUCCUGGUCCAAGUGCUCUGUGACAUGCGGAGGAGGACACUACAUGAGGACACGGACCUGCAGCAACCCCCCGCCUGCCUACGGAGGGGACAUUUGCCUGGGCCUGCACACAGAAGAGGCACUGUGCAACACACAGCCAUGUCCAGAGAGUUGGUCCAGCUGGUCUGAGUGGUCGCAGUGUGACUCCAGCGGCUCCCAGUUGCGUGUGCGUCACUGCGAUGUCCUCUUUCCCACUGGAAACCAGUGCUCAGGAAACAGCAGCGAGACCAGGCCCUGCCCUCCAGACUCCAACUUAAUACCAGAAGUCUCAAUCGCACGCUCCAGUCAGGACGAAAGGCGCUGUGGAGAUUUCAACCUUUUCCACAUGAUCGCCGUGGGGCUGAGCAGCUCCAUCCUGGGCUGCCUGGUCACCCUGCUGGUCUACUCCUACUGCCAGCGCUACCAGCAGCAGUCCCACGACGCCACCGUCAUCCACCCUAUCUCGGCCGCGCCGCUCAACACCAGCAUCACCAACCACAUCAACAAACUGGACAAAUACGACUCCGUGGAAGCCAUCAAGGCCUUCAAUAAGAACAAUCUGAUUCUGGAGGAAAGAAAUAAGUACUUCAAUCCACAGCUUGCCGGGAAGACCUAUACCAACGCAUAUUUCACCGACCUCAACACCUACGAUGACUAUUAACCUUCGAUUUGGCAAUUCCGAACUCCAUACCAUAGUGGGAAGACCGACCCAAUGGCCCAUUUUGACAAUAUCUUCUUUCCUUUGUGCUUUGUAAUGAGAUUCGUGACACCAUGCGUGGGAGAGUCCCACUCUGAGACUCUAUGGCAGCUGGUAUCCAAUGAAAAGACUCUCAGUGUUGCCAACAGAGAGAAAUGCCCACUUUCUCUCAGGUGCCUUGGGGUACACUUGGAAAACUCAACUUUUGGGGCAAAAAAAGGAACAAACAAAAACGUAACCUUGGCUUGAAUCACUCAAUGAAAUGGACAACUGGAUUUCUGUUUUGUUUUGUUUUUUUUUUCCUAAAGCAGAUUAAAAAAAAGGGAAAAGUGACUAUAAAAAAACUAAGAAAGAGAGAACUCCAAGAGAUUGUGGGAUAAUGAUCCCUUUUAACUUUCCUGUGACGCUUCUAAACACAGACCUGUGUUUGCAAUGAGGGACAUAACCACGAAACUGCUUUGCAUGACUUCAUCUGAUGUGUUUUCUCUGUUGUUCUGUUUGUUUUGCAUGAUUGGUCGCAUUCCAGGGUUUGGGGACUUGCAAGCAGCAUUUGCUGGUCUUAGGUUCAGGACCGGUUUUGUCUGUUGUGUCCAGCGAUGGAGGUUACAAAAAGAAAGGUUGUGGUGACGCCUGAUGAAUUUUUCCAUCUACUGUACUAUGGCAGUCUUCUCCAGAUGGCUCAAAAUCCACCUCCAGUCCUACAAUCAGGCUGUAGAUAUUUGAAGUCUGUGGUCAGGUUUGUCCAUGUUUUUUGUUUUAUUUUAUUUUCUGUUACAGGCUCUUGCAGGGUCCAGCAGCUAGCAGUG